AUGGCCGCCGGUGUUGAGAGUGAUCGGUACUCUCCUACCAAGGAGGAGGAGGGCAUCGCUACCAACAGCGAUGGUCCCGUCAACGACACUUCUGUUCCUUAUGUCUCUGAGGAGAUUGAGAAACGCAUCUUGAAGAAGCUUGAUCUUCGCAUCAUUCCCAUGGUUUGCUGGAUUUAUCUCAUGAACUUUAUGGAUCGAGUUGGUAUCGGCAAUGCUCGUCUCUACGGUAUGGAGGAUGAGCUCGGUUUGCAACCCAACCAGUUCCAAUUGGGUGUGUCGAUCCUUUUCGUCACCUAUUGUUUGUUCGAAACACCCUCCAACCUCAUCAUCAAGAAGAUGCAGCCCGCCCGAUACAUUGCCGGUCUCUGUUUCUUCUGGGGUAUCGUUGCCAUCUUCACCGGUUUCGUCACCAACCUUGGAUCUUUGAUUGCUUGCCGCCUUCUCCUUGGUACCUUUGAGGCUGGACUCUUCCCCGGUAUUAUGCUUUACCUCACUACUUUCUACCACAAGAAGCACAUCUCCCUCCGAAAUGCCUACUUCUACUCCAUUUCCGCCAUCUCCGGUGCCGUUGGUGGUCUCGUCGCCCUCGGUAUUGGAGAGCUGGAUAACUACGACUGUUACCAAUGCGGUGCUGGCGGAUGGCGAGCCUGGCGAUGGAUUAUCACCAUCAACGGAAUCCCCACUGUCCUGACUGCAUUCGCUGUGCCUUUCGUCCUCCCCAAUACGCCUGCCACAGCCAAGUGCCUCACCCCAGAAGAUCGUCAGGCUCUUCUUGAUCUUCGAAGCGCCGAGGUUGGUCAGACCGCAUCUGGUCAGGAGAUGCACAAGGAGGAUGUCAUUGCUGCUAUCAAGGACUGGAAGAUUUGGGCUCUCUCCAUCGCCCAGUACUGCAGUCACUCGGUGCUCUACAGUUUCAGUGUCUUCUUGCCCACUAUCAUCCGAGAGAUGGGUGACUGGACUCCUAAGCAGGUUCAGGGUCUUACCGUCCCUGUCUACGUCGUUGGUUUCGUUACCUACCUGAUCUGCGCCAGAAUUAGUGAUCGUACCCAACAGCGAGGUAUCUUCUGUAUUGGUGGUGGACUUGUCAUGAUGCUUGGAUAUAUCCUCCUCGUCAUCGGCCACAGCCAGGCUAUGAGUUUUGCUGGUUGCUUCAUCGUCGCUAUUGGACUGUGGACUGGCUCUGGAUCAGGCAUGGCCUGGAUCACUGUCAAUCAGCCCCGAUACGGCAAGCGUGCUUUCGCCAGUGGUAUCUUCAUCACCAUUGGAAACUCUGCUGGUGUCGCCGCUCCUUUCCUCUUCAGUGACAAAGACAUGCCUCACUACCGCCCUGGAUACGCUGCUACCAUUGGUAUGCUGGCCCUUGCCGUCUGCAUUCACACUACUGUCUACCUCCACUUCCGACGUCUCAACAAGAGAAAGCUGUCUGGCCAGGAGGACUGGAGAAUGGAGGGCAAGACUGAGGAGGAGAUUGCUGAGAUGGGAGAGCACAACCCCCGCUACUUGUACACCCUGUAA